AUGGUGAAGGUUUGGGGUUUAAUGGCGAUUUUGUUUAUUGUUUUGGCCGGAAAUGUGUCCUCGUAUGAUCGGCCUGGCACUCGUAAAAAUAUAGUGUUGCAUCCCUCCAACGACGACGAUCAUAUGUUCCCGGAACAGGUGCAUAUCUCUCUAGUUGGGUCCGACAAAAUGAGGAUAUCGUGGAUAACCAAAGAUUCAAUCAUACCAAGUGUUGUAUAUGGUACAGUCUCUGGAAAAUACGAAAGUUCGGCUAAUGGGACGAGUUCGUCGUACCACUACUUGAAGAUUUAUCAAUCGGGCCAAAUUCAUGACGUGGUUAUAGGCCCAUUAAAGCCCAAUACAGUUUACUAUUACAAAUGUGGAGGUCCAAAUUCACCACAAGAGUUCAGCUUCAAGACUCCUCCUUCUCAUUUCCCCAUCAAAUUCGCUGUGGCUGGUGACCUUGGGACAACUGAAUGGACUAAAUCAACAUUGGAACAUCUAUCAAAAUGGGAUCAUGACUUUUUUAUCUUGCCUGGAGAUCUCUCGUACGCUGACAUGUUUCAACCUGUUUGGGACGUUUUUGGUCGCUUGGUGCAGCCACUUGCGAGCAAAAGACCAUGGAUGGUCACUCAAGGCAACCACGAAGUCGAACAUAUUCCUGUCCUCCACGAUCAAAGCUUCACCGCCUUUAAUCAUAGGUGGCACAUGCCAUAUGAAGAGAGUGGCUCGACCUCGAACUUGUACUAUUCCUUCAACGUUUUCGGAGUCCACAUUAUAAUGUUGGGGUCAUACACAGAUUUUGAGCCUGGCUCGUAUCAGUACCAAUGGUUAGAAAAGGAUCUCCAAAACAUCGAUCGCAAGACCACACCAUGGUUGAUGGCUGUGAUACACGCGCCGUGGUACAACACCAACGAAGCACACCAAGGAGAGAAAGAGAGUGUCAAAAUGAAAGAAUCCAUGGAAACUCUUCUUUAUAAAGCUCGUGUCGAUUUGGUUUUCGCCGGUCACGUCCAUGCUUACGAGCGUUUUAAUCGGGUGUACCAAGAUAAGUUCGAUAAAUGUGGCCCGGUUUAUGUUAACAUUGGUGAUGGUGGCAAUCAAGAAGGACUUGCUACCAAGUACCAAAAUCCAAAUCCGGAAAUAUCAUUGUUUAGAGAAGCAAGUUUCGGGCAUGGUCAACUAGAGGUUGUGAAUGCGACUCAUGCACGUUGGGAGUGGCAAAGGAACGACGAUGAUGUGUCGGUACAAAAGGAUUCGGUUUGGUUAACCAGCCUCUUAUCCGAUUCAUCUUGCAAGAUUUAG